GCCAGCGAAGAGCGGAGAAUCUGUAUAAAUACCAAAAGGUUCUGCGUAUUCCUCAUUAGAGUUUCGGUUUUACUGCUGUGAACAAGCAACUCAUCGGACAAUAUGAAACUCUUCCUGGUCGCUUUUGCCGUGAUCGCAGCCGUGGCUGCCGAUGUCAGCCACCUGCCCUCCAACGAGUACCUGCCUCCCGUCCAGGAGCAGCAGAUCAUCGCCGCACCCACCAACGAGUACCUAGCUCCCUUGGAGGCCCAGCCUGCCCCAGCCCAUGAGCUGGCCGAUGAUGGCUACCGAUACAAGACCCACAAGCGCGUCGUGGUCCGCCGCCAUCGCCGUGACGUCAACGAGCCCUCCAACGAGUACCUGCCCCCCUUCGGUGCUCCUUCCAACGAGUACCUGGCACCCGCUCAAAGUGCUCCUGAGACCGUCUUGGCCAAUGAUGGAUACCGUUACAAGACCCAGAAGCGCGUGGUUACCAAGCGUCACCGUCGUGAUGUGAGCCACUUGCCUUCCAACGAGUACCUGCCCCCUGUCCAGGCUGCCGCUCCUUCCAACGAGUAUCUGCCCCCGGUGUCCGCCCCCGUCCAGGUUGCUGCCCCAGCUCCCGCUCAAGUUCAGUUCGCCGCCCCCGCUCCCGUCGUGGUUGAGGCUGAGCCCGCCCAUGAGCUGGCCGAUGACGGUUACCGUUACAAGACCAAUCGUCGCGUUGUCUAUCGCCGUCACCGCCGUGACGUCAACGAACUCUCCAACGAGUACCUGCCUCCCGUCCAGGAGCAGCAGAUCAUCGCCGCACCCACCAACGAGUACCUAGCUCCCUUGGAGGCCCAGCCUGCCCCAGCCCAUGAGCUGGCCGAUGAUGGCUACCGAUACAAGACCCACAAGCGCGUCGUGGUCCGCCGCCAUCGCCGUGACGUCAACGAGCCCUCCAACGAGUACCUGCCCCCCUUCGGUGCUCCUUCCAACGAGUACCUGGCACCCGCUCAAAGUGCUCCUGAGACCGUCUUGGCCAAUGAUGGAUACCGUUACAAGACCCAGAAGCGCGUGGUUACCAAGCGUCACCGUCGUGAUGUGAGCCACUUGCCUUCCAACGAGUACCUGCCCCCUGUCCAGGCUGCCGCUCCUUCCAACGAGUAUCUGCCCCCGGUGUCCGCCCCCGUCCAGGUUGCUGCCCCAGCUCCCGCUCAAGUUCAGUUCGCCGCCCCCGCUCCCGUCGUGGUUGAGGCUGAGCCCGCCCAUGAGCUGGCCGAUGACGGUUACCGUUACAAGACCAAUCGUCGCGUUGUCUAUCGCCGUCACCGCCGUGACGUCAACGAACUCUCCAACGAGUACCUGCCCCCUGUCCAGGCUGUCGCUCCUUCCAACGAGUAUCUGCCACCAGUGUCCGCCCCCGUCCAGGUUGCUGCCCCAGCUCCCGCUCAAGUUCAGAUCGCCGCCCCUGUCCAGCUGGCCGCCCCCGCUCCCGUCGUGGUUGAGGCUGAGCCCGCCCAUGAGCUGGCCGAUGACGGUUACCGUUACAAGACCCAUCGUCGCGUUGUUUACCGCCGCCACCGCCGUGACGUCAACGAGCUCUCCAACGAGUACUUGCCUCCCGCAGAGUACCUUGCCCCCGUGGAAAACACCGUCGAGGCGGCUCCUGCCCAUGUCCUGGCUGAUGAUGGAUACCGCUACAAGACCCACAAGCGCGUUUUGUACCGCCGCAACUAAAUCAUCCGAUAAAGGCUUCACUUGGUGAUUGAAUCGUGCUCAUUUUGGAGUGCAGACCCUACUAUUAGAAUACCUCUUUUUCAUUCAAAUACAAUAAUACGAUAACGAAUCCAUA